AUGGCAUUGUCGCAGACUGCGCGAAUGAUUGCUGCCAGUGCCGAAUUCCGAGCUCGGGAGGCGAAAGUGCUCUCAGAACAGGCCCGUGCCAUCGCCAGAGAAUUUGCGCCAGACUUUGUUCAGUUGGGUAAGUCUGGAUUUCUCGAUUUCCUCAUUUGGAGCCCGAUUACAAGGCAUAAACACCGAAGAUAUUGA